AUUGAGAUCCUCCCAUAGGAAGCUAGAAUGAGAGGUGGUUAACCAGACACAACUGCAAAAUAAAAACUAUCUCACUGAUUGUGAGAGUGGAGAACUACCGCGAGUAAACAUGGCCAAUAUCACGAAGAAAGUGUCGUGGUCGAGCCGGGGUGACGAGUCCGGUGGCGGCGAGAGAACCCCACUUCUCAACGGCUCCGAAGAAGUCCGGUACACCAGACAGUUGUCCGGGGAAGGUGGUAUGUUUCACAUAGGCAGACUGAGCACGGUGGAUCUGGAGGAGGAUAUGACGUCAGACGAGGACUCAGUGAGGGGCUGUCCCAAGGAGAUCCCUCACAACGAGAAGCUGCUGUCACUCAAAUAUGAGAGUCUGGACUAUGACAACAGUGAGAAUCAGCUGUUUCUGGAGGAGGAGAGACGGAUGAGCUUCUUAGGGUUCAAGUGUUUGGAAAUCAGUCGGUGGGUGAUCUGUGGUCUGAUUGGCUUCCUGACUGGACUCAUAGCCUGUUGUAUAGAUAUCGCCGUGGAGAACCUGGCUGGGGUCAAGUACUACGUUGUCAAACAGAACAUCGAGAAGUUUACAGAGGUGGGAGGUCUCUCCAUCUCUCUCAUCCUCUGGGCUGUGCUGAACUCUGCCUUCGUCAUGGUGGGCGCUGUCAUAGUGGCGUUCUUCGAGCCAGGAGCAGCAGGAAGUGGGAUACCCCAGAUUAAGUGUUAUCUGAACGGAGUGAAGAUCCCCCGGGUGGUGAGACUCAAGACCCUGGUGGUGAAGGUGUGUGGUGUGAUCUGCUCUGUCGCCGGGGGACUCGCUGUUGGAAAGGAAGGUCCCAUGAUCCACUCUGGUGCCGUGGUGGCAGCAGGAGUCUCCCAGGGACGCAGUACCUCCCUGAAGAAAGACUUCAAGAUCUUUGAGUAUUUCCGUAGAGACACAGAGAAGAGGGACUUUGUAUCAGCUGGAGCGGCUGCAGGAGUGUCUGCUGCUUUUGGAGCACCAGUCGGUGGUGUUUUAUUCAGUUUGGAGGAGGGGGCUUCUUUCUGGAACCAGAUGCUCACAUGGAGGAUAUUCUUUGCGUCCAUGAUCUCAACAUUCACCCUGAAUUUCUUCCUGUCCAUCUACAAUAAUAAACCUGGAGAUCUCUCCAGCCCUGGUCUUAUCAACUUCGGACGCUUCGAGAGUGACAGUGUGGCCUACAACCUCUAUGAGAUUCCCUUGUUCAUUGUAAUGGGAGCUGCAGGUGGAUUGCUGGGAGCCCUGUUCAAUAUCCUCAACUACUGGCUGACUAUAUUCAGGAUCAGGUACGUCCACCGGCCCUGUCUCCAGGUGAUGGAGGCCAUGCUAGUCGCCGCGGUAACGGCCACGGUGUCGUUCGCCAUGAUCUAUUUCUCUAAUGACUGUCAGCCUCUCGGACCUGACCAGUCAGAGGACUACCCUCUACAGUUGUUCUGCGCGGAUGGAGAGUAUAACUCCAUGGCAACGGCCUUCUUCAACACACCCGAGAGGAGCGUCCGCAGUCUCUUCCACAACCCACCAGGUUCCUACAACCCUCUGACUCUAAGUCUGUUUACGUUGACCUAUUUCUUCCUGGCCUGUUGGACCUAUGGCCUGACUGUCUCAGCUGGAGUCUUCAUCCCAUCUCUGCUCAUAGGAGCAGCCUGGGGAAGACUGUUUGGGAUACUGCUGGCUGCUAUCACGCCUAAUGGAUCGGUUUGGGCCGUUCCAGGGAAGUAUGCUUUAAUGGGAGCUGCAGCACAACUGGGGGGCAUAGUGAGGAUGACUCUCAGUUUAACAGUCAUCAUGGUGGAAGCAACAGGAAACGUGACGUACGGUCUCCCCAUCAUGUUGGUGUUGCUGACGGCCAAGAUAGUAGGGGACUACUUUGUGGAGGGUCUGUAUGACAUCCACAUCAAGCUGCAGAGUGUUCCCUUCCUGCACUUGGAGGCCCCUGCCACCUCCCACUGGCUAACAGCCAGGGAGGUGAUGGGUGCCCCAGUCACCUGUUUUAACCGUAUAGAAAAGGUUGGCACCAUCGUGGACGUCCUUAGCAACACCUCCACCAAUCACAACGGCUUCCCUGUCAUCGUGCCGGUCGCCGCUAGCGACGAUCUGGGGAAGAUCUGUGGACUCAUCCUUCGUUCUCAGCUCAUUGUUCUGCUCAAACACAAGGUGUUUGUAGAGCUGGCUCGGUCCAGGUUGACCCAGAGGAAGCUACAGCUGAAGGACUUUAGGGAUGCCUACCCUCGCUUCCCCCCCAUCCAGAGUAUCCACGUCUCCCAGGAUGAGAGGGAGUGCAUGAUGGACCUGACAGAGUUCAUGAACCCUACACCCUACACCGUACCACAGGAGACGUCUCUUCCUCGUGUGUUUAAGUUGUUCAGAGCUCUGGGUCUCAGGCACCUGGUCGUAGUGGACAGCGAGAACAGGGUUGUAGGUCUGGUGACCAGGAAGGACUUGGCUCGCUACCACCUGGGGAAACACGGACUGGAGGAGAUGCAACUGGCUCAGACAUGAUGCACAUCCUACUAUUAUUACUACCACACACACACACACACACACACACAAGAGACUACACUGGUCACCUGUUGCCUAGUUACCUGUGAGACCCCCCAAUCUAUGCAUUCUGAUACUCCCGGGGUUAGAGGUUAGAGGUCCUUGUCAAUCACCGAUGCCAAAACAGUCCGUCUGACUUUCACCAUAACAGCAUAACAACUACAGCCUCUCUCUCUGUCUCUCUGUCUCUCUGUCUCUCCCUCUCUUUCUCUCUGUCUCUCUCUCUCCCUCUCU